AUGGAGGUCCGGUUCGAGUCGACCGACUUGACGGAGGAUCUGGCGUCAGGAUUUCUUUAUCCGGUUUUUCCUUUGGGCGUGAAACGUCCAAAUGCGCUACAGACAUCGGCCGAGUCCACUGUAUUCAUCGAGAAACACCACACGACGAUCAAGAAAUCCUCGACGGAUUCGUUUGUGCCGGAAGUGGCUGAGGCCAUGCUCAAUGACGAGAACAAGGCUCUCCUUAGCUUUAUUCCCGACUGUAUUGAUGCCGCCAACAGCAAGAUCGGCAGCAUGUGCAAGCUUCUCAAAAAUGCCGCGAGCCCCGGCCACUUCACUAAGAAAGCGGUCGAGUGUUCUCUCGCCUUCAACAUUGCACUUGCGCUGACGAUGCUGGAGGGUGGGUCGGCGAUUGACGAGGUCGCUCAGCUUCAUGAAAUCAACCGCGUGCUUUGCGCGGCCAAUCUAACGGAAGACACCACGCUCAACACCAAAUGGAAGAAGCUGAUGGGAACAGCGGUUCCCCUUAAACGCGGUGAGAUCUACACUGUGUGUGCCAAGUGGUGGACAUCCACACCCACCAUUGAAGUGCUGUCUCGUGCGUCCAAAGCCUUGGGCAUGUUUGAGCUCAUGCUCAUGUCCAUUGCCCCCGUUGUCUUUUCCAAUGACCAUUGGAUCCAGUACAUCACUUGCCAACAAGUGGAGUGGAUCCCUGCGCAUCAUACGCGAUUUCUCCACCCCAACACCCUCCUCCGUCUUCUGCGGUCCGAAUUGGAUGCUCACUGCAUGCAGCAAUGGAAGGAGGUGCGAUGGCAGGGACACCUUCUGGAUACACUCGAAACUCUUCAGAAGCUUGAAGGCUUCUACCCCGAAGACUCGUCCGUCUUGAGGCUUCAUGAGGUCGAUGGCGGGGUUUUGAUGCUAGCGAGUGCGCUGGCCACCCGUUGCUAA